AUGACUGGCGGCGGCAAGUCUGGCGGCAAGGCCUCUGGUUCCAAGAACGCGCAAUCGCGUUCUUCCAAGGCUGGUCUCGCUUUCCCUGUUGGUCGUGUCCACCGUCUUCUCCGAAAGGGCAACUACGCUCAGCGUGUCGGUGCCGGUGCUCCCGUCUACCUCGCUGCCGUCCUUGAGUACCUCGCUGCCGAAAUCCUCGAGCUGGCUGGUAACGCUGCCCGCGACAACAAGAAGACCCGUAUCAUUCCCCGUCAUCUUCAGCUCGCCAUUCGAAACGAUGAGGAGUUGAACAAGCUUUUGGGUCACGUCACCAUCGCCCAGGGUGGUGUCCUCCCCAACAUUCACCAGAACCUCUUGCCCAAGAAGACAGGCAAGACUGGUAAGAACGCGAGCCAGGAGCUGUAA